AUGGCUAUUAAAAGACCCGAUCGUCAAUCGAUGACCACCGACGGCGGCACCGUUGCCGAUAAAAACGAUAAUGACGACGAUCUAUGGUCAGUGUUGACCCGUGAGGCCUCAUCGGCAACCAUUGACCAAUUGAUUAGCUACGGCUAUAACAAUACGGCGACAAUCCUAUCGAUAGAUUGCGAUAAAGAUUUCCAAGUAAUGACCGAUAUAUUACUUGGCCAGCGGUCGCUGAUUCGGCGAUUGGUCAAUGACUAUCAGAAAACCGUGUCCACAACAACAACCAAUGAUCAUCGUAUGGUUAACGUCGGCGAUGACAGUGAUCGUCAUCAGCGGCCGUCAACAGUCAUGACCGCAGAUGACAACGAGGAGAAUCGCCGACGACUACGACAACAACAACAACAACACGAGUUAGUUGUUAAGCAACUGACGGAUGAGUUGGAUGUUAAGGAUCGGCAAAUCAAAACAUUGGAAACUAAAUUGUCUGUACUGUCCGAUGCCAGUGAAGCCGGACGACUGGUCAUCAAAACGUUGAAAACCCAACAAAAUGAACGCCAAGCGGCCAUAACGGCAGCGGUCGACAAGUUUGACAAUAGUUACCAGAGUUUGAGAUCAGUGUUGUUGGAGUCGGCGGUGACGACGGCGGACAACAACAGCAAUACAUGUGUUGUUAGUCGCCGACGACACUCUUCACCGAUACCGACGUCAAGUAUAUUAUCGCCGCAGCCGUUGAUGGCUAGAAAGUCAGUGCCAUCGUCAUCGUCGACCACGACCUCCACAGUCGCCGCCGCACUUAUAGCUUGCGUUGAAAGUACUUGCGAAGUAAAUGUCGAUAGAUUGGCGGCGACGGCUACUCAACCAUUACCGCAGAAUAUCAUCGACAACAACAACAACAACAACAGCGAAACAGUUGUUGCAAUGACUACGACGAUGACGACGACUACGGCCACUACAACUGAUGGUAAUAAUAAUAAUAAUAAUAAUAAUAAUAACAGAAAAGAAAAUAAACGAAGAAAGCCGUUGCCGUUGUCGUCGCCUCCGACUCAUGAAAAGCGGACGAAAAACAGCGACAAUAGGCAAAGCAUGACGAAGAAGAAGAAGUUGAAGAAGAAUCGCACGAUAAAAAUGGUACGAAAAAAGACGAAAAACAACAAACAUAUGCUCAUCGACGGAGACAUCGAUGACGACUUAUCUACCGCCACAACCGAUACCACCACUACUACUACCACUACCAAUAGGAUUGUCUCUCUAUCGUUACCACAAACAAAAAGAGAAUAUCAGCAAUUAAUAGACGAUAUACGGGCCAACAGGUCGUCGCUGAUAUGUCCGAUAUGUGCGAAACAAUUUCCUAAAAAUUCAAACCUCGUCCGACACGUGAAGUCACAUUUCAAACAGUUUCGGCCGCGUUUUACCUGUCGUACGUGCGGCAAACAACUGCUUAAUCGGGACAAUCGUCACGAUGUCAAGUGUGCGGAACAAGUGGCCAAACUGACGGCACAGCCAGGUAUCGGUAUUAUCAAUGUCGUCGGGUGUAGCGGUGGUGAUGAUGACGAUAAUAAUAAUAAUAACACGCACGCGCUUCCACUAGCAAUUUAA